GGAUGGGCUGGCAACCUCUUGAGAGGUGGUCAGAAGGACACGUUGCCAUGUGACGUGUCGCCAUGUCGGAGACGGUGCCAAGGCUAAAUCCAGGCCGGGGCCAAACGCCCCCCUUGAGCCGCGGCCCCGCGCCGGUGCGGCUGCUGCGCAUCUGCCUGGACGAGCGCGUGCUGGGCGGAGUCGAGGUAAACGAGGCCUCCAACCUGGCGGACGUGCGGAGCUCCAUCCACGAGGAUGCCGGGGCCUCGGAGCGCUACUCCUUCCUCUUCGGAGGGGCUCCGGUGAGCCGGCGCCAGGAGGUGCGGCGAAAGGCCACGGACUGCUUUCCUUUUCUCACCAUCAUCCCGGAGGAUGCAAGGGUGGCGCUGUCAGGGUCUGGCGCUAGCCUGCCCAACGAGGCGGCCAUCAACGAGCCGAGCGGCCCGGAGGAUGCGAGUGCGUCGCUGGAGCUCCAGAUCACCGACGGGCCUCUGGAGGGCACCACGCUGGUCUUGGGCGAGGAGGUCUGCCGCAUCGGGCGCCACACGUCUAACACCCUGGUCAUACCAGAAGCCGGCAUCAGCAGAUUCCACUGCGAGAUCCGGUUCCUGGAAGGGGAGUUCUGUGUGAAGGACCUCGGCUCCACCACGGGCAGCUUCUUCUACCUGCGGCCCCACGGUCAUUUCCAGAUGUUUCCUGGGCUGAUGGUGAAGCUCGGGGAGACCGAGAUGCAGGUGCUGUCCGUGACGCCCCCCAGCGAGCACGCGGAUCACGCGGAGCUGGUGGUGCUCUUUUUGGAGGGCCCACUUGCCGGGCACAAGGUGUCCGUCCCUGCUGGGGGGGUCACCAUCGGCCGGGUCUCUGACAACUCACUGGUCUUGGUGCAGGAUGGCACGGUCUCGGCGCACCACGCCAUGAUCUUCUACGAGCAGGGGGACUUCUACAUCACCGACCUGGGCAGCUGCAACGGCACCUGCCUACGCCUCAGCCCCGAGCGCGCCGAGAGUGGCUGGCAUCCCAUCCUGGACGGGGAGGUACUGGGUGCUGGGUGCAGCAAGAUCCGGUGCAAGGUGCGACUGCCCGAGGGCUCCGGAACAUCCUGAGCACUCGAGUCAUUUCGCUUCGCGGGUUGCUCCUUCGUAAGAUGAAUAUCCUUUGGGUAGGC